CUCCCCUUGAUAUUUAAUGUCGACGGUCGACUCACCGCAUAUAAUUUUCUCUCUCUCUCACUCGUGUAAAUACAUAAAAAACAUGUACUAAACAAUAAACAUGGAAAAUUUAAAUGAUAAAUGUGCAGUUGAUAUAGAUUUAAUCAAUGAUAAAUUCAAGGGAGUGUGUAGAAUAAAACCAGAGUACAUUAUUGAUGACCAUGCUCGAGUACCAAGUAAAAAUUGUAAUCCAGAAAAUAACAAAAAAUCAUUGACAGCUGAUGAUGGUGAUGAACCAGUUGCAAAAAAAAUUAAAAUUGAUGAAGAUAAUUUAAAUUUAGAAAUAACUAAUGAUGACAAUAAUAAAAAUGACGAUGAACCACCGAGAAAAAAAACAAAAUUUGAUAAAAAAAAAGAUAAAACAGGUGGUCAAAAUAAAGCAAGACCACCACCGUUUAAAGCACCACGUGAAAAAAGUCUUUGUUCAUCCCUCCAAGAUCAAACAUCUGAUGAACCAGAAAAAAAAUGUAAUUCACAAAAAUGCUCGUUUAUGCAUGAUAGACUUGAAUAUUUAAAAAUCAAAGAACCUGAUAUUGGCCCAGAAUGUUAUACCUUCAAUUUAUUUGGAAGAUGUCCAAGAGGAACAGCAUGUAGAUUUGGUAAAAAUCAUAUUGACAAAGACGGUUUUAAUAUAAUUAAUCCUGAUAAAAUUGAAAGUUUAAAUAAUCAAAAAUCAAUGACUAAAAAUAGAUUACCAUUGCCAUUACAAGAUAUAUUACGUAAACGUAAAUAUAAUUUUUCAAAAUCUGAAAAAAUAAUUAAAGAAAGUGAUGCUAUUAAAAAAGCUGAAAAUGAUAAUAAAGAAAUUGCUGAAAAACGUCAAAAACUUGAAACAAAUAUUACUGAUAAUUCUGAUGAUAAUAAUAUUGAAAAAAAAAUGGAUACGACUGAUGAUGAUGAUAAAAAAUUAGGUGCAGUUAUUGAUUAUGAUUUAAUAAAACUUCGUUUAUCAGAAAAAAAAAAAAUUGAUUGGAAAGAUAAAUUAUUUUUAAGUCCAUUAACAACUGUUGGAAAUUUACCAUUUCGUAGAAUAUGUAAAUUUUAUGGUGCUGAUAUAACAUGUGGUGAAAUGGCAUUAGCACCAAAAAUAUUAAAAGGAGCAAAUGAAGAAUGGGCACUUGUUAAAAAAUAUGAUACAGAGGAUAUAUUUGGUGUACAAAUAUGUGGUAAUAAUCCAGGUGUAUUAACAAGAUGUGCACAGCUAAUAAAUCAAGAGACUGAUGUUGAUUUUAUUGAUUUAAAUUUGGGUUGUCCAAUUGAUUUAAUUUAUAAACAAGGUGCUGGUAGUGGUAUGUUAAAUCGUUCUGGUAUAUUACAAACUGUUGUUAGAUCAAUUAGUGAUGUUAUUGAUGUACCACUUAGUAUCAAAACAAGAAUGGGAGUUUAUCAAGAUAAACCAAUUGCUCAUAAUUUAAUGCCGAAAUUUAGAGACUGGGGAGCAUCAAUGAUAACUAUUCAUGGAAGAUCUCGUGAACAGAGAUAUACAAAAUCAGCUGAUUGGAAAUAUAUUGAAAGAUGUGCUGCAGCAACAAAUCCAAUUCCAAUUUAUGGUAAUGGUGAUAUAUUUUCUUAUGAUGAUUAUUUAAAAGUUAGAAAUGAUUGUCCAAGUAUUCAGGGUGUUACAAUUGGUCGUGGUGCAUUAAUUAAGCCCUGGAUAUUUAAAGAAAUCAAAGAAAAAACAAUCAUUGAUGUUCCAACUUCUGAAAGAUUAGAUAUAUUAAAAAAAUAUGCAAAUUAUGGCUUGGAUCAUUGGGGAUCUGAUACAAAAGGUGUUGAAACAACUAGAAAAUUUAUGCUAGAGUGGAUGUCAUUCCUUCACAGAUAUGUUCCUGUUGGAAUAUUAGAACAUCCACCACAAAAAAUGAAUGAUCGACCACCUUAUUAUCGGGGACGUGAUGAAGUUGAAACACUAUUGGCAAGCUCAAAUUGUGCUGACUGGAUUAAAAUAUCGGAAAUGUUUUUGGGAAAAGUACCAGAUGGUUUUCAUUUUCUUCCAAAACACAAGGCGAAUUCAUGGAAUUAAUUGACUUUAUUGAAAUUGAAGAAAAAUUUCAAAUCUAAUUAUUAAAUUUUAUAAACAGAACAAAACAAUUUGUUUAUUUUAAUUUGAAUAUAUUUAAAAAUACAUCUUGUUGAUUCACGUUGUCAAUGUUUUAUUCACAAUUGUUUGUAUUUAACAAUAUUAAUCAUGUCAAGAUAGAUUCUUCUGCAGGCAAUGCACAAUCAAAUCCACUUGGAACUUUUAUAACUUGUAAUGGCCAGCAAUCACUGGACCAACUACGUCGCAUUAAGUUAACAGGUUGACUACGUCGAAGACAAUGUAAACCUGUUUGUGAAAAAAACUGUAAAAACAUAUUUUUUUUUUUUAAUUAUAAAAUUCAAUUUAUAUAAUAUAUUUUUUAGUUGAAAUUAUUAUGAAAAUUUUACCUGGUUUUUUUGACUGUAUAAAGUCAAAAUUUCUUCAUCAAUGAAUUUCUUCACACGAAGAUGGAUGAUAUUCAUAUUUCAUAGCUGACAAGUUCAACUGUCCUUUUCUUUGUUUCACACAAAAUUUCAUUUAGCUAAAAAUAAAUAAAAUUGUUAUUAAUUUUGACUUUAAAUUUUAAAUUUAUCAAAGAAAAAAAACAAGACCAUUUAAAACAAUCAAAUAUCUUUUUUAAAAAAUGGAAAAAUAUUUAUAAAUUUACAGAAUAUUAUUUUUUUUUAAAUCACAAAUUUAAAUUUCAUAAUUAAGCCAUGAAAAUUACUGAUAUUUAUUGAUAAAAUAAACUUUUAAACUGC